UCUUGCCCUGUUUACUAAGGGACUGUUGCCAACUUUAAAUCUGCUUUAAUUUUAUUUUUGGUUGUGUGAUCUGGUGGUUACGGAGUGAGUAAAGACCGAGUUCGAAUUCCCCCGAGUUGUGCUCCCGAGUCCAAUGGAGAGAGGCCGUGGUUAUAGGGGAAGAGGAACCGGUGGAAGAGGUGGUUACCGAGGUGGUGGAAGAGGUAGAGGAAGAGAUGGCGGCGGCGGAGGUCAUCAGCCGCCGUAUCACACUGUCUCAGAACAAGGUGGGGUCUAUUGGAAUCCAACUAGUACUCAAGGGGGUCCUAAUCAAGGUACCGGACAGGGUCUCACAAGAGGUGGUUACACUGGUGGCUCUGGUGGUAGUGGGGGAAGGGGAACGUGGGUCCCUCGGCCUCAACUGGAGAGACCGCCUUAUAGUCAUGUGAUGGAAUCAGCCGGGCGCGGUCACAGUGGCGGCGGGCCGUGGAGGAGACCAUGGGGGCUUGGUGCUGCUCCACCAGCACGGCCUCAACUUCACGAGCCGGCAUUGCCUUCUCGUCCUGUGCAACCUGUUCCUGAUUCUGCUUCGCUGGAACAUUUGGCUUCUACAUCAUCUCCUCCAGAGAAUAGGAAUAGAUAUGUCCCAAUUAUGCGACCCGAUAAAGGUGGAGGAGUAGCUGUUGCAACUGUUAGGCUUGAUGUCAAUCAUUUUCGGGUCAAUUUCAAUCCUGAGAGGGUGAUAAGGCACUAUGAUGUUGAUGUCAGGCCACAGGAGUCUCCAAGGCAUGGUCGCCCUGUGAAACUAUCAAAGAUGCUACUGCCUAUGAUCCGGAAAAAGCUGUUCACUGAUAACGAUUCUGAAUUGCCAUUGACCAUGACUGCAUAUGAUGGUGAAAAGAAUAUAUUUAGUGCUGUUCGGUUACCCGAAGGACAAUUCGAGGUGGAAUUAUCUGAGGGAGAAGACAUGAAGUCUCGUAAAUUCAUUGUUUCUCUAAAGCUUGUGAACGAGCUCAAGCUUCGCAAGUUGAAGGAUUACUUGACCACAGGCAACAUCUCGAUACCUCGUGACAUAUUACAGGGGAUGGAUGUGGUUAUGAAGGAGAAUCCAGUUAUGCGUAUGAUUUAUACUGGCCGGAGCUUCCAUCCUGCUGAAUCUUGUCCAGAAGAUGAUCUUGGACGGGGCAUCAUAGCAUCCAGAGGAAUCCAACAUAGCCUCAAGCCCACUUGCCAAGGUCUAGCACUUUGCCUGGACUAUUCUGUUUUAGCACUUCAUAAGAAAAUGCCAGUUAUCGAAUUUCUAGUAGAGCACUUUCCUGGUUUUAAUGUGAAUGCUUUUGGACGGUAUAGGAGAAUGGUUGAGAAUGUGUUGAGAAAAUUGGAAGUUAAUGUAACCCAUCGACGUACCAAACAAAAAUAUGCUAUAGUUGGGUUGACGAGUUACAGAACUCGUGAUAUUACAUUUCCAGAUGCCAAUGCUCCAGAAAGGCGCAUUAGGCUUGUUGAUUAUUUCUUGGAGAAAUACAAUAAGAAUAUCACCCACCUGGAUAUUCCUUGUCUAGAUUUGAGCAAGCAAAAUCGGAUAAACUAUGUCCCAAUGGAGUUCUGUGUCUUAGCUGAGGGGCAGGUCUUUCCAAAGGAGAAUUUGGAUCGACAUGCAGCCUUAUUGUUGAAGGACAUAUCACUGGCAAGGCCGCAGGAAAGACGGAGCAAGAUCUGUUGCAUGGUUCGAUCUGAGGAUGGACCUUGUGGUGGAAACAUCAUUCAAAAUUUUGGAAUUGAGGUUAAUACUGAGAUGACAUCAGUGAUAGGACGUGUCAUUGGGCCUCCAGUUUUGAAAUUGGCUGCUCCUACUACUGGCAAAUUGAUGAAGAUAACAGUUGACAAAGACAAAUGCCAGUGGAACCUGGUUGGAAAGGCUGUUGUGGAAGGCAAAGCAAUUGAGCGCUGGGCUGUGAUUGACUUCAGUGUUGCUGAUAAAUUCAGACUGAAUUAUGGUUCAUUUAUUUCAAAGCUGAGAGCUAGGUGUACAAGUCUUGGGAUGAGAAUGGAGGAACCUCUCUUACAUGAAACCACUGGAAUGCAAACAUUUUUGAAUGAUAAUGUACUUCAUCAACUGCUUGAAAAAGUUACUAGUCAAGCUCAUAAGCUUGGGAGAGGAAGUUUACAAUUUCUACUUUGUGUGAUGUCAAGGAAGCAUGAUGGCUACAAGUAUCUCAAGUGGAUCUCUGAGACUAAAAUUGGUGUGGUGACUCAGUGUUGUCUGUCGGGCGAAGCAAACAAAGGGAAGGACCAGUACUUAGCUAACCUUGCCCUGAAAAUCAAUGCCAAGCUUGGGGGCAGCAAUGUGGAGCUGAAUGACCGGCUGCCACACUUCCAGGGUGAAGACCAUGUUAUGUUUGUGGGAGCAGAUGUUAAUCAUCCUGGCUCUCAUAAUAAAACUAGCCCAUCAAUAGCAGCUGUAGUAGCCACAGUAAAUUGGCCUGAAGCUAAUCGUUACGCAGCAAGGGUUCGUCCCCAGGACCAUCGCAAAGAACAAAUCCUACAGUUUGGGGAAAUGUGUGUGGAGCUUGUUGAAUCUUAUGAACGGGUAAAUAAGGUCAAACCAGAAAAAAUUGUGCUCUUCCGUGAUGGGGUUAGUGAGGGUCAGUUUGAUAUGGUUCUCAAUGAAGAGUUAGUAGGUCUCAAGAGUGCAUUCCAGAAAAUGGAGUACUUUCCUACUAUCACCCUCAUUGUCGCACAGAAGCGGCACCAAACUCGUUUCUUUCCACAGAGAGACAGGGGUCCUACUGGUAAUAUCUCUCCAGGCACAGUUGUGGACACUGACAUUGUGCACCGUUUUGAGUUUGACUUUUAUCUUUGUAGUCACUACGGAAGCCUUGGUACUAGCAAGCCAACACACUACCAUGUCUUGUGGGAUGAGCAUGGUUUCUCUUCUGACCGGUUGCAGAAGCUUAUUUACGACAUGUGCUUUACCUUUGCAAGGUGCACGAAACCUGUAUCUCUGGUCCCGCCUGUGUACUAUGCUGACCUUGUUGCUUAUAGGGGACGGCUGUACCAUCAGGCAAUGAUGGAAAGACACUCUCCUAUUUCAACACUGUCCUCAUCUUCAUCAUUGGCAUCAUUGUCACUGUCAUCUGCAGCUUCGUUCGAUGGUUCGUUCAGGCUGCAUGCUGACCUGGAAAACAUAAUGUUUUUUGUUUGACUGAAGAAUGGCCAAAUUCCCUUUGACAAUGUGGAUGAAGACGGCCACUGUUUGAAAAAAAUGCCCUGAACGCAGGUUUACUCCUUUCCUAAACACCUAGUAAAGGGGUUUGUGCGUGAAUCUAAUGGGUUUGAAGACUUGUAGUAUUUUCCUCAUUUGUUUUUGUGGUUUCUUUUUCAUAUCUUCUGGAAUUUCCUUGUGGACUUGGUUUUUCAUGCAUUUGGUUGUUCUUUUCUCCAAAGCAACUUGACUGGGGAAAAGAGCACCAUGAAGAAGGGUUUUCAUGUUUUUAUGGUUGCAUUUGAAUGAAUUAUGGACUUUGUUUCUCA